ACAAAAAAUUAUAUAAUCUCUAAUUAAAACAAUCAUUAUGAGAAUCUUGCACUUACUGAAGUUGCAGACUGCAGGGUUGAAAAAGGGUUAAAUAACUGUGCACAGCUGUUUCCAAUCUUGGAAAGUAGGUCGAAUUUCUUUUUUUUUUUCCCCCAGAAAGAUGACCAUGGCUGCAACUAUCACCGUCACUGCUUUCAGUGGAAGUGAGAAUUCAUCUGUAACAAAUUCACCGAGCUCGACCACAGCCUCCUUCACUGAAAACUACUUUUACUAUGAUUACCCGGAAGAAGGCUUUGGGAGUUGUGUGUAUGAGCGUCAUGGAGCCAGGUUCCUUCCAGCUCUUUACAGCAUUUUCUUCCUCUUCGGCCUUGUUGGUAACACUCUGGUCAUCUGGGUCAUUGCCUGCAGAGUGCGACUUCGCAGCAUGACCGACGUGUGCCUUUUAAACUUGGCUAUUGCCGACCUUCUGCUGGUGUCCUCCCUUCCCUUUCUGGCCCACCAAGCCCAUGACCAGUGGCUGUUCGGAGAUGCCAUGUGCAAAGUGAUCUUGGGCAUUUAUCACAUCGUGUUUUACUGUGGAAUCUUUUUCAUCAUUCUGAUGAGCCUUGACCGAUACUUGGCCAUAGUUCACGCCGUUUACGCCCUGAAAGCACGGACGCGGUCUUUUGGGCUGAUUGCAGUUGCUGUUGUAUGGGUGGCUGGAUUUCUUGCCUCUUUCCCAGACCUGAUCUAUCUCAAACAACAGCCUGGUGCUGAUAAUAUGGCUCAGUUCUGCUUUGCUGUAUAUCCUGCUUCAGAUGAUCAAAGUGUUUCCAACUCGCACUUUUGGAGAGUCUUCAGCCUUUUUAAAAUGAACUUCUUUGGUCUAUUUGUCCCGGCUAUCGUCAUGGGUUUCUGCUACUCCAAGAUUGUCUGGAGGCUGUUGCACAGCCACUCAUCCAAGAAACAGGCCAUCCGUUUAGUUAUCAUAGUGGUAGCUGUAUUCUUUUGCUGCUGGGUCCCCUAUAAUGUUGCAUCGUUCUUCAAAGCACUGGAGUUACUGCAUGUCUAUACAGCAUGCGAUAGCAGCAAAGCCAUCAGACUGACUUUAGAAGUAACGGAGGCCAUUGCGUACUCCCACAGCUGCCUCAACCCCAUCCUCUAUGUGUUUGUUGGGGAGAAGUUCAGGCGCCACCUGAUAAGGUUGAUAAACAGGGCUCCCUGCAGACUGUGCCAGGUGAUCAAGGUCUUCUUACCCCAGGAUAGAUUAGCCAGGUCGAGCUACUCACAAACCACCAGCCUGGAUGAGAGAUCCUCUGCUGUAUAAAGUGUUAAUAUUCAGGAUGUGAUGCUUAAUGCAUUUGCAUGCUUGCAUAUGAAAUGAGGAUAUUCCCUGUAAAGUAUUAUAUUAUAUUUUUGUAUAGGCUAUUAAGAGACACUUAAGUUACAUUUAAGUCUCAGGAAACAGUAAAAAAAACUGCCCGAUAUUAUAGUCUUAUGAAGUUCUAUAGAGAAUAUAAUUAAAAAAAAUUUGAUACAGUACAUACACAUAUAUUUUUGAAUUUCAAUAUUUUGUUGUGUUUUUACAUAUUUUUUCACACUGUAGCAUACAAAAUAAUAUUUAAUGAAAUUAUACUGUAAAUAUGUAUAUUUUGUCUAUAUAAGACGGACAUUUUUAUUUUAUUUUAAUGGUUUUGAUUUAGUUUAUCCUUUUACUCACAAAGCACCAAUCAACAAGAGUUAGAGAGUCUAACUCGUCCAUUGUUUUUACAUUCCACUGCACAUGAUGGUCACUGUCACUGUCUGUCAAGCUGUUGCAGAGCGAAAAGCUAAGCUUCGAAGCGUGUGUGCACACUAAACCCAACCUGAGGAAACCACAGCCUGAGAGGGGACCAAAGUAACCAAGCUGUCAUUUUCACAGUGGCAGGUGUUUUUUUGUUUUUUUUAUUCUCCAGUUAUACAACAGAAAAGACUGAACAUAUAAAGGGAAGUUACUUCCCAACAUGAAUCUGUUCCGUUAAUUUUAGUUCUUGAUUGCAUUUUUAAAAAAAAAGAAAAAGAAAAAAGAUUUCUUUCAAUACUGUACAGUAGAAAUUUACCCCACUUGGAAAAAGAAUAGCCUGAUAGUAAAUUCAUAUUGUGUAUAAAUGUGUAGCCUUGAGGCCCAAUCACUGUAAUAUUGUCAAAGGUUGUUAUCGUUUAAGCUCAUUUAAAAGCACAUCUGAUAUAGUCGAGUUGCUAUUAUGUGUAAGCAAACCACAUACAUGCAGCAUCCUCCUAACUUCCUGUCUGUAGCUGUUAAUGUCAACAAGACAGAGAUCCUUCAGAGAUAAAUGAGACUAGAUGCAACUGAUUUCACUCACCUAAUAAAACUGACUUCAUCGUAGGUAAAACAUGUGUUUAAAUCCUUAAACCUUAAAUAUCACAGAGCAGACAGGAAAACAGCCAGGGAUAUUAUGUUGAUGUAGUUUCAAUUAAACAGCCUUACACGGGCAGUCAGAAUGGACCAAUGCAAGCAGAUGUUUUUGUAAUGUUGACCCUUCAUGUUAAAUAUUUGUGUAAAUAUUAAUAUAUUUUCAAUAAAUCUUUCUAAUGAAUGUA